CAACCCUCCAGGCUCCAGCACACAAGAAGGAAACAAAACCUAUAGAAAGUUAUCAAAUCAAAACACUGUGUAUCUCUACAUGGGAAUCAUGGAAUCAAUCAACCCCUGCUCUCCAUGAUUACUCUCACAUCUCUUCACACGUUGCUUCAUGUCUGCUUUCCCACCUUGCACUCUCCCUUUUCUUAAGUAUGGCGGUGGUAGAGCUCCAUGAUCGCCUCUUCACCAUCCUAAGCUUAGUUUUGUUUGAUUCACAGUUUGGGACUCUUUCGUGGGAAAUCCAGAAACAAAAAUGGAAAACCAGAGUCAAGUCGGCGCUACAGGGAAUCCCAGCACCAACCAACCUGCUGUGCGGGGUAGCUCUUCCAGUGGCACCCUCGGCCGUCACCUAGCUCGUCGGCUGGUCCAAAUCGGCAUCCAUGACGUGUUCUCUGUGCCGGGUGACUUCAACCUGACGCUGCUCGACCACCUCGUCGCUGAACCGGAGCUCAGCCUCAUCGGCUGCUGCAACGAGCUCAACGCUGGAUACGCUGCAGAUGGAUACGCCCGUGCCAAGGGAGUUGGUGCUUGCGUCGUCACCUUCACUGUUGGUGGGCUCAGCGUCCUCAACGCCGUUGCCGGUGCUUACAGUGAGAACCUCCCUGUUAUUUGCAUCGUUGGUGGGCCCAAUUCCAACGAUUAUGGUACGAACCGCAUUCUACACCAUACGAUCGGAUUGCCGGAUUUCAGCCAGGAGAUUCGGUGCUUUCAGACGGUCACAUGUCAUCAGGCAGUGGUGAAUAACUUGGAGGAUGCACACGAGCAGAUCGACACCGCAAUUUCGACUGCUUUGAAGGAAAGUAAGCCGGUUUACAUUAGCAUCAGCUGCAAUUUGCCAGCAAUUCCUCACCCGACGUUUGCUAGGGAGCCUGUUCCUUUCUUUCUCGCACCAUGGACGAGCAAUCAAAUGGGGUUGGAAGCAGCAGUCGAGGCAACAGCUGAUUUUCUGAAUAAAGCUGUGAAGCCUGUCAUUGUGGGUGGACCCAAGCUAAGGGUGUCCAAGGCACAAAAAGCCUUUGUGGAGCUAGCUGAUGCAUGUGGGUAUGCUAUUGCAGUUAUGCCAUCAGGCAAGGGGUUGGUGCCAGAGCACCACCCACACUUCAUUGGAACAUACUGGGGUGCUAUCAGCACUGGCUUCUGCAGUGAGAUAGUGGAGUCUGCUGAUGCCUAUAUUUUUGUUGGCCCCAUAUUCAAUGACUACAGCUCCGUGGGCUACUCUUUGCUGAUCAAGAAGGAGAAAGCAGUAGUAGUUCAGCCCAAUCGUGUAACUAUUGGUAAUGGACCUUCCUUUGGUUGGGUUUUCAUGGCUGAAUUCUUGACUGGACUGGCCAAGAAGCUGAAGAAAAAUACCACAGCAAUGGAGAAUUACCACCGGAUCUUUGUUCCUCCAGGCAUGCCUGUCAAGCACAAUCAAGAUGAACCUCUGAGAGUUAACAUACUCUUCAAAUACAUUCAGAAUAUGCUGAGUGGAGACACUGCAGUUAUUGCUGAUACAGGGGACUCGUGGUUCAACUGCCAGAAGCUCCAUCUUCCAGAAAAUUGCGGAUAUGAAUUCCAAAUGCAGUAUGGAUCCAUUGGUUGGUCAGUGGGUGCAACACUUGGGUAUGCCCAGGCUGCUCAAGACAAGCGUGUGAUUGCUUGCAUUGGUGAUGGAAGUUUCCAGGUAACAGCUCAGGAUAUUUCAACAAUGAUCCGUUGUGGUCAAAGGAGCAUUAUAUUCCUCAUCAACAAUGGAGGAUAUACAAUAGAAGUGGAGAUUCAUGAUGGCCCCUACAAUGUAAUCAAGAACUGGGACUACACUGGGCUUGUGGAUGCAAUCCAUGAUGGUGAAGGAAAAUGUUGGACUGCCAAGGUCCGGACAGAGGAUGAGCUGACAGAGGCGAUUUCAACAGCUACAGGAGCCAAACAAGAUUCCUUGUGUUUCAUUGAAAUCCUUGUGCACAAGGACGAUACUAGCAAGGAGCUUUUGGAGUGGGGUACCCGAGUUAGUUCUGCAAACAGCCGACCUCCCAAUCCCCAGUGAGUACACUGAAAGCUGGUUGUCCUUUUUCCUCUUGUGGGUGGGUUGGGGAGGUAGAGAUGACAGAGUAAUAAUGCUAAGAGUAAGUAUAUAUUGUAAAAUACAUAAUCACGUACGUGUCUUUAGAAUGAGAUGUAAGUGGUUUUAUUGUCAUGGCGCUUUGUUUGUUGUAACCAGACGAAGUUUAUUAUCAAAAUAACAACCGUUAGUGAUCAUCGGCUUUCUAGAUUUUCACUAAAC